GCCCGAGCCUCGACCUCUUGUCGUUCGCUCUCCUGUUUUCUUCAACAGUCACAGGAUGUAAAGUCCCCAAAAUGUCCGCCAAUUUCGGACGCCGGCUGUACGCCCACAUUUGGGAAUCGGCACACCCAUUCCUUGGCCGUAUACGACCGACCCGGGUGCCCGGUCCCGACUCCCCGUCGAGAAAUGCCUUUGACUCGAUUUUCGCCCAUAGGCGCUUAUCAGCACCAUCCGGAAAGCCUACCCAACUCACGCGACGAUUUGCUUCAGGCGGGCUUCUAGUCCUCGUCUCUUCGAGUUCGACGGCGGCUGAAACUAGCGCCGCCUGCAUUAUUCCAUCGAAAAAGUUGACCUCUCAGUAUAUCUGGAAGCGAGCUUUGCAUACUCCGAAUGACCGUCUACGCGAAGGAGCCUCCUCCAAUGCCUCCAAAUCUCCAAAAGAUGACGAACAUACGCAAAAGGUCCAAAAGACUGACGAUCUCACCUCUCAAUCCUCUCAGUCCUCUCGCUCAAACGCCUCGCAAGAUUCGCCCCCAGCUACGUCUUCAUCUACACCCCUUCAUCGCCACCAUUUGAUGGAUCGUUUGCCGCAUAUGCCGCAUUUACACCGACCGACGAAAGAGGAGCUUCUGUCUGCAGCAACCGGAUUUUGGUCGCGCCUAAGGGUGCGAUUCAAGUGGUUUUCUAUUCGAAGUGUUCGACCCUUCAGUCUAGAUGAGAUCGCCGCGCUUUUCUCAUGGGUCCUUCUUGGUCAUGUGGUUUGGGUAGUGGUUGGGACUACGACGUUCUUUUCACUUCUCAUCCUUGCCAUCAAUACUGUCUUUGCGCAAGAAACACUCGCCGGGUGGGUGGGUAACUACCUAACCAAGUCAUCCGGAGUAAAGGUUGUCUUCGAAUCUGCCAUCGUUCCUAAAUGGAGUGGUGGCGUGAUCUCUUUCAAAAAUGUGUUUGUGUCGAGGAGGCCUGGCCAAGGUUCUGGGUACGUUAGUAAAGGUUCUCCCACGACGGCAGCUGCAGCUGCUGCCGCCGCGGCUCGCGGCGAAAACGGGUCCGAGGAUUCUUCAGCUGUACUUGAGGACGAAGAAGAUACGAACUACACCCAGUUCGACCUAUCUAUCGAAACCGUCAAUGUGACGUUAUCAUUCACGAAAUGGCUCAAUGGAAAGGGUCCCCUCCGGGAUGUCGAGGUCAAGGGCAUUCGGGGUGUUGUCGAUCGCCGCCAUGUCUGGUGGCCAGCCGAAGAUCUAGACCCUUUGUCUUAUCGCCACGAACACAACCCUGGAGAUUUCGAGAUUGAUUCAUUCAAGAUGCACGACGUGCUUGUUUCAAUAUACCAGCCUGAUAACUUUAGACCUUUCUCGGUCAGCAUUUUCUCCUGCGACCUCCCUCAGCUCCGAAAGCAGUGGCUCUUCUACGAUUUCCUCUCUGCCAAUAUGAUGUCCGGGUCAUUUGACAAUUCGCUCUUCACAAUUCACCCUCGCCAAACCCACGGCUUUACCGGAGCUCGCGUGGAGGACGGUAUGGAAGAUGGCAAACCUAGCCCGUGGAAGAAACACAACCGUAUCCGGGUCGACGGAUUGAACAUCGAUCAUCUCAACCGUGGUGUCCAGGGUCCAUUCUCAUGGAUUUACGAAGGAACCGUAGAUAUUGUUGCGGACAUUAUGCUCCCUGCUGAAAAUGAUGAGAGCAUUGCCAAGGUAAUGGCAGACUUUUAUGACCGACUUGAGGCCACCGUCACCUCCAAUCAAUACUCCGAGACCCUGUCUCAACGAUCUCAAAAAGACCCCGAGUCGUUGUCUGAAGCCGACAAACGCUUCCUUGCAAUGGAUCUGCGGGUCCAUCUUAAUAACGUCCGCGCCGUGGUUCCAAUUUUCACUCGAGACCUCUCCUAUAUCAACAAUGCUCUUAUCCGACCCAUUGUUGCAUACAUCAACUCCAAGCGCACCUUUAUCCCUAUCAACUGUCGUCUUGUCAAACGUGCCAGUGAUUUCGAUGGAAGCUGGACUAUCUUUGACAGUGGCUUGAUGGACGAUCUGUCAGCUGCGACCUAUGAUGCGUUUGCGCGAGACGUCGUAGACGACGAAGCCCGUAAGCGGCGUUUCAAGAAGGUUGGAUUUUGGUCCCUUCAGCUCGCUGCGCAGGCCAUCUUCAUGGGCAUGGCUGGCAACAUCGCAUGAUUCUGUACAUUCAUACCUAUCUCAUGGCUCUUCUUCGGCAUCUAGUGCAGAUGAAGACAUCUUGGCGUUGACGGACUCUGUAUCAUAGCAACUUUUCGCAUUUUGAGGAGUUUGGAGCAUAUCAUGGAUUCAUCCAUCUUCUUCUCGUCUUGUGGGCGGAAACUCGCUCCUCUCUACACAAUUUCACUGGCCUGUAUGAAACGCCUAUUUUCUUGUUCGAUAGAUAUCACUCCUAUAGGAGUAAAUCCAUGAUUAGGCCUAUGUGAACGGCUCUCUGAAAUCGCCAUCCGCGAAUAAAUCCAGACCGGAGGAUUAGAGAUACCUAAAGCUUAGGUCUUUCUAGGUUUGCUCUUUGUAUCUUUCUUGCCACUCCUCC